AUGGUACCCCCGGGGAAGAAACCAGCCGGAGAGGCCUCCAACUCCAACAAAAAAUGCAAGCGUUACUUUAACGAGCACUGGAAAGAGGAGUUCCCCUGGCUGGACUUCGACUACGAGCGGAAGCUGAUGUUUUGUCUCGAGUGCCGCCAGGCCCUGGUGCGGAACAAGCACGGCAAAGCCGAGAACGCCUUCACCGUGGGCACCGACAACUUCCAGCGCCACGCCCUGCUGCGCCACGUGACCUCGGGGGCUCACCGCCAGGCUCUGGCUGUCAACCGGGGCCAGCCCACUUUUGAGGGCCAAGCUGAGGGAGGAGGGGCCUACCCAGACCUGGCCACCACCCCCACCCCCACGGGCGUCAAGGUGGAGGUGGACCCGGCCAAAGUGGCGGUGCUGACCACGGUGUACUGCAUGGCCAAGGAGGACGUGCCCGACGACCGCUGCUCUGCCCUGCUUGAGCUGCAGAGGUUCAACCUGUGCCAGGCGCUGCUGGGCACGGAGCAUGGCGAUUACUACAGCCCCAGGAGGGUGAGGGACAUGCAGGUGGCCAUUGCCAGUGUCUUGCACACAGAGGCCUGCCAGCGCCUGAAGGCAUCCCCAUAUGUGGGGCUGGUGUUGGACGAGACCAGGGACUGGCCCGAGUCCCACAGUCUGGCCUUGUUUGCCACUUCGGUGUCCCCCUGUGAUGGCCAGCCUGCUACCACCUUCCUGGGCAGUGUGGAGCUACAGGAGGGUGAGGCCACCGCUGGCCAACUCCUGGACAUCCUGCAGGCCUUCGGCGUGUCUGCACCCAAGCUGGCCUGGCUCAGCUCGAGCCUCCCCAGUGACCGCCUUGGGCGUGUGGGCCCACAACUCCGGGCCGCCUGCCCGCUGCUCACCGAACUACACUGCCUCCCUGGCCGGACAGAUCCCGAGCCCCCUGCCUACCUAAGCGAAUAUGAAAGUGUGCUGGAUGCCCUAUUCCGCCUCCAUGGUGGCCCCAGUUCUCACAUGGUCCCUGAGCUGCGGGCAGCACUGGACCUUGCAGCUAUUGACUUGGCAGGACCGCGGCCAGUGCCCUGGGCCUCCUUGCUGCCUAUCGUGGAAGCAGUGGCUGAGGCUUGGCCUUGCCUGGUGCCCACACUGGAGGCCUCUGCUCCAGCCUCCCCUACAGCCAGGGCACUGGCCCUCGCCCUGCGUCAGUUCACCUUCGUGGCCUUCACCCACCUGCUGCUGGACACUCUGCCAUCCAUGCAGAAGCUCACCCUUGUCCUGCAGCCUGAAGAGCCGGACUUGGCCUUGUUGCAACCCCUGGUGAUGGCAGCCGCAGCCUCCCUCCAAGCCCUGCGCAGCUCGGGUGGGGCGCGCCUCCAGGGCUUCCUGCAGGAGUUGGCGUCCUCCAGCUCUGACUUGGGCGGUGGGCGCUGCACCUACCGCGGCGUGGAGCUGGUCGGCUACUCCGAGGCUGCGUUGCGGGGCUUGCAGCGGCUGCGGGGGGCCUUCCUAGACUCCAUGCGGCGGGGGCUGCGGGACUCCUACCCCGGGCCCUCGCUGGACGCCGUGGCCGCCUUCGCGGCGAUCUUCGACUCGCGCGGCUACCCGCAGGCCCCCGAGGAGCUGGGCGCGCACGGCGAGGGGGCACUGCGGGUGCUGCUGCGCGCCUUCGCCCCGGCCGUGGUGCGCCAGAGGGCGCUGGGCGACUUCGCGCUCUUCAAGCGCGUGGUGUGCAGCCUCGGGCGGCUGGGCCCGCGGGCCUUGUGCGCCAAGCUGGCCUGCGCGCGCUCCGAGCUGCACGAGCUCUUCCCGGACUUCGCCGCCCUUGCCGCCCUGGCCUUGGCGCUGCCCGCGGGCGCCGGCCUCCUGGACAAGGUGGGCCGCAGCCGGGAGCUGCGGUGGUGGGGGCAGAGCGGGGCAGGGGCAGGCCGGGGCGGCCCGGCGGUGAAGAUCGCCGUGGAUGGGCCCCCGCUGCACGAGUUUGACUUUGCACUCGCCGUGGAGUUCUUGGAGAGUGGGUGGGCGGAGGGGCUCCUGGGGUCACAGCUCACGUGA